ACCCGGAUAAUGGUACUGUUUUCAUUUGAUUGGAAAAAAAGAAGACAAACCACCCAAACUUUGAAAUAUAAUACUUUGUAAGCGUCAGGCAUGACAUCAGAAGUCACAUAACAUAUCAUAGUAUAAACCAAAUUAAUGUACAAACUUGCAAUACUUGGCAAAAAUUAAAGUCUUGGUUUGAGCUAAAACUUAAUAAUGGCGUUUUCCGGUGCACAAGUUCUCCUAUUUCCAUUUCCAACUGCAGGUCACAUAAUCCCCCUCCUUGACCUAGCCAACCACCUCAUAAAUCAUCACCUAAAACUCACAAUUCUUGUCACACCACAAAACCUACCAUUACUCGAGCCAAUCCGAGCAAUUCACCCUUCCGAUUCUAUUCAAACACUUUGCCUUUCAUUUCCUCAACUCCCUGCUGGAUCCAGUUUUGCUGCAAGGGUUCGUGCAACCUCUGAGCUUUACGAUCCGAUUGUCGAUUGGUUCCGUACCCACCCGUCACCUCCUGUGGCCAUUAUCUCAGACUUCUUCCUUGGUUGGACUCAUAAACUGGCAUGCCGACUAGGUGUUCGACGUAUUGCCUUUUGGCCGUCCGGAGCUUUUACUUGCUUAGUUAUAAGUCACACAUGGAGCAACGUUGAAGAAAUCUUGUCUACAACUAAUGAAAACUCUUUGAUUACUUUCACUAAUAUUCCCAAUACGCCGGAGUAUCCUCGGUGGAAGGUGAGUACGUUGAGCAGUCAGUACAAAAAAGGAGACCCCGAUUGGGAAUUCUUGAGAGGUGGUUACUUUGAAAAUAUGAAGAGUUGGGGUGUUGUGUUUA